AUGUCCAAGAGAACUGCUGACGCCGCCGAUGAGCACGCCGCCGCCCUCAAGGCUGGCGAGCGCCCCAUGGCCGAUGCCCCUCCCGACGAGAUGGGCGAUUUCGAAGACGAGUUCGAGGACGAGUUUGAGAGCGAGGAUGAGAUUCUGGAGGCCGGUGUGGAUGGACGACCGGAUGCAGAGCGUGAAGCAGAGGAAAAGGCCGACUCCAUGGAAGUAGACCAACAGACAUUCAUUCCCGGUCGGACGAAACUGCCAGCAGGAGAGGUGCUCUCGCCCGACACUUCGACCUACGAUAUGCUGCACACCCUCAGCACGCCGUGGCCCUGUUUAUCUUUCGACAUUGUUCGUGACACACUAGGCGACAACCGCAAGACCUACCCCGCGACAGUAUACGCUGUCACCGGAACUCAGGCAGAGGGCCGUCGGGCGAAGGAGAAUGAAUUGAUGGUUCUCAAGCUGAGCGGCCUGAGCAAGAUGGACAAGGAGAACGAGACAGACUCCGAAAGUGAUUCGGACGACGACGAAGGCGGCGAGGCCAUCCUGGAGUCCAAGAGCAUUCCUCUCGGGUCUACGGCCAACCGCAUCCGCGCCCAUCAGACUCCGCAGACCGACAUUACCAAGCCCCCGCAGACCAUUACCGCGACAAUGCUGGAGAACGCUCAAGUGGUCAUCCACGAUGUCACCCCUCACCUCACUAGCUUCGAUGUCCCCGGCACCAUGCUCCCUCCUUCCGCCUCCAAGCCCUUGUCUACCCUCCGCAUGCACAAGUCCGAGGGCUACGCUCUCGACUGGUCCCCUCUCCAGCCGCUCGGAAAGCUCCUGACAGGAGACAACGACGGUCUCAUCUACGUCACAACCCGCACCGAAGGAGGAGGAUGGGUGACGGACACCCGGCCGUUCACCGGACACACCUCGUCCAUUGAAGAGCUCCAAUGGUCGCCGAACGAGAAGAACGUGUUCGCGUCAGCAAGCAGCGACGGAACAGUCAAAGUGUGGGACGUCCGAUCGAAAUCCCGCAAACCCGCCGUAGACGUCAAGGUCUCCAACACCGACGUCAACGUGAUGAGCUGGUCGAAGCAGACCUCGCACCUUCUCGCCACCGGCGCCGACGACGGGCAGUGGGCUGUCUGGGAUCUGCGACACUGGAAGCCCAACCCCAGCGCUCCCUCGGCGCCCAUCACCGCAUCCCCGGUCGCCUCGUUCGACUUCCACAAGGACCCGAUCACAAGUAUCGAAUGGCACCCAACGGACGACAGUGUCGUUGCCGUCGGAUCGGCCGAUAACACCGUUACCCUGUGGGAUCUUGCCGUCGAGCUGGAUGAGGAAGAAAGCCGCGAGGCGGGUCUAGCGGAUGUUCCGCCGCAGCUGCUGUUCGUGCACUACACAGAGUCUGUCAAGGAAGUGCACUGGCAGGCUCAAAUGCCGGGGACUCUUAUGGCCACCGGUGCGAGCGGUUUUGGUGUGUUCAAGACGAUCAGCGUUUAA